GAGCGCUUGCUGUGCUGCUGUAGUCCUGUGGAGCACCAGGCGCAGGAGCCGGGCCCGCAGCCCCGGGCACCCGCGCUGCUGCGCGGCGCCGCCGCACGCCCCGCUGCUAAGCCAGGGGGCGAGCCGCCCGCGCCGGCGCCUGCGGGCCACCCCGGCCCGGCGCCAGCGCCGACGCACGGCGUGCCGGAGGCCACGCGGCCCAGGGCGCCCGCCGCGCUGGGCCCCGGCGGCGCGGGCGCAGUUCGCGGCGCGGAGGGCUCGGGCGCGGACGCCGCGCCGAGGAAGCGGGUCUCCCAGAGGUCGACCCCGCUGAGCCCAGCGCCGCAUUUCGGCAAGGCCGUGGCGGGACGGACCUCCUCCCGCACCCUCGAGCCCGCUCCUCCGGCGUCGCGAGAGGGGCAAGCUCCAGAGGGGACGGCCAGGGAGAGGCCCUCGGGCAACAGGAACGUGCCGUCGGACUACGGCUGGCUUGAGGACGCCCUCAAGAGACUGCAGUUAUGCGAGGGCGGCAGCCUCGAGGCCGUGGACACCCAGACAGGCGAGAGGCUCACGCCGAUCUUCUUCACCAUAGGCGCAUGCCCCAACGUGCUCUGCGGAAAGCAGGCCAUCAUGUACAGCGCGUCUGAGGCGGGCAGGGCGGGCGGGCUGGAGCUCCCGUCGCCCGGCGCCUGCGAGACCGCCCUGGGUUGCGGGAACCCCGGGCACUGCUUCGUGGACCGCGGCCCCGCGGGCGCGGCCGGCCCCUGGCGCAGCGCGCGCGGGCUCGCCCUGGCGACGCCCGCGGGGCCGUCGCCGGCGCGCGCCCCGCCGCCCAGCUGCUGGUGGUCGCCGCGCGCGGCCGGUGGGGCACCGCGUCCGGCGGGGCCGCAGCCGCCGCCCUACCACGCCUGGCCUACCAGGGUCGGCAGGGCCCCGGGCUGGGCACGCCUGCGGCCGUCGGGGAGGACGACCCGAAGGGGGCCUGUCGGGUGCCCGGCCCCUGGCCCUGCCGCUCGCAGCGGCCCCGGGGCGGACCCGCUGCUGCUGCAGACGCGCCAGGCCUCCACCGGCAGGCACGCAGACUGGGUCGAGUGGAGCCGCGAGGCCGCGGCCGCCGCGCGCGCUCCGCGCCGGAGGCACAGCCUGCCCGCGGCGCCGCCGCGGUUGGCGUCCACCUGGAGCCCAAGCCUGUCGCUGGACACGGCGGCGCCCGAGGAGCUCGCCUGCCUGCGGCGCAUCUCGGAGCUGCGCCGGAGCCGCGAGCGGCUCGGUCGCCUGAGGGCGAGCGCGGACGCGCAGGACCAGACGCUGAACCUGCACACGAGGGGGCCGCACAAGAACAGCCCGGGCAGGUCCAAGCAGUUCUACCAGCUCUUCGCCGAUGCCCUGCUGGAGGGGCGCGUCAUACGCGGCUGGCGCUUCGGCCUGACUCGGGUGCCCUGCGACACGAGUGCCACGAGCGUCCCCCGCGCCUGCAUCACGCGGGAGGGCAAGGCCAGCGACGGGAGCGUGCUCUAUCUCGUCCUCCUGUGGAUGGAGGGCGCCGCUGGCGCUGCCCUGUGGAGCAGGUGCGCCGACACGCGGGACGACUGGAGGGACGACGCUGGUAAAAGUUGCAGUGAGUACGCGGCACUGGACGGUUACAACGACGCAGGCGCCAAUCCCAAAAUCGAGGCGUUGCACGGAAGGUGCGCCGACACGCGGGACGACUGGGAGGACGACGCUGGUAAAAGCUGCAGUGAGUACGCGGCACUGGACGGUUACAACGACGCAGGACGCACACAUCUCUCACCGUAUCUCCGUGGUACCGUCGACUUGCAGAUGGCACAUCUCCUUUUGAUCGCUAGCCUCGUCGGGGUCCGCGGCGCGUCUGGUCUGGCCUCAGCAGACAACCUCCAGCUGGUGCUGCAAGCCAGGCAGAAUUCGCACCGACAGCUAUUGACGAGGAGGCAGCGUGCCCAGGGCGGUGCGAGCUCGACGAGGUGCGCCGACACGCGGGACGACUGGGAGGACGACGCUGGUAAAAGUUGCAGUGAGUACGCGGCACUGGACGGUUACAACGACGCAGGCGCCAAUCCCAAAAUCGAGGCGUUGCACGGAAGGUGCGCCGACACGCGGGACGACUGGGAGGACGACGCUGGUAAAAGCUGCAGUGAGUACGCGGCACUGGACGGUUACAACGACGCAGGACGCACACAUCUCUCACCGUAUCUCCGUGGUACAGUCGACUUGCAGAUGGCACAUCUCCUUUGGAUCGCUAGCCUCGUCGGGGUCCGCGGCGCGUCUGGUCUGGCCUCAGCAGACAAGCUCCAGCUGGUGCUGCAAGCCAGGCAGAAUUCGCACCGACAGCUAUUGACGAGGAGGCAGCGUGCCCAGGGCGGUGCGAGCUCGACGAGGUGCGCCGACACGCGGGACGACUGGGAGGACGACGCUGGUAAAAGCUGCAGUGAGUACGCGGCACUGGACGGUUACAACGACGCAGGCCGCGGGAGCCGAGCGUGGACGCAGGCACAGAGAUAUCAAGCGGGCAUGAAAAUGACUCUUGGCCGCGUGAGAAAAGUGUACCGAAAGGAGAUUCGCACCCAGGCCCAGGACAUCGAAGAGUUCGCCAAGGAGGUCGAGUGGGGCGCAUACCUCUUGAUGGAGCUGCGCCGGCUGGUCGAGCAUGACAAGCCCGAGUACGCCGGCGUGAGACUCGCGUGGGACGAGACUCAAGAGCUGGUCAACUUGAGGGCCAUCAGAGACGCGACCCAGAAGAGCCAGACAGGGAGUUCUUGGGAGGUGUGCGUGUCCAACCUGAUGUUCUUCUGGGGCAACAGAUCAGGGGCCCAGUUUUACGAGGUCGUGACGCCGCCUCUGCCUCUGCUCUGCAAUGGAGCCGACCACUUGAAUGCAGCGCUGCGCGAGCACCCUCUGGUGAAACCAAUUAUGGAAUUUCAAGCGUGGCUCGAGACCCUCACUAGCUUCUUCUUCCGGCUGCGCGAAGCGGACGCACAUCCGGCCAAUUCUCGCUUGCAUGCUCGCUGGAGGAAUGAGGACACGAAUGCCUUGAAUAGCCCAUCUUUGGAUUCCAUGGUAAAGUUUAUGAACCAUCAGACAAACCUCGUUUGUGUGUCCGCAGUUGACCUGGUCGGAAUGAAAGUUAUCAAUGAUAUGUAUGCGUCCGUGCGAUUCUUCAAGAUGGGUGGGCACUACUUGCGUAUGGUUGCAGCAGUGCGGGUGUAUCUCCAGGGCAACGAUCGCGAGCACGUCGUUUGGAAUCGCUCGCCAUCUGCGCAACAGGUCACGGAGGCGCGAGCAUGCGCUGAGGAACUCGUAGCUUUCUUGAUCGACACUUGGGACGGCGACGUUUCCACGCCUGCUGGCAGAGCUGCGAGGGCGCGGUGCAGCGAGACAGUUCGACGGUGCUUUACGCGUACUUUGUUUGGGCCGAUGUGGAGAUCUAGCGCGGCGAUCGUCAUCUACGACAUCGGUCAAUUCCAGAGCAUGGACCAAUUGGUUGAGGAGACGGGGACUGCCAUCCGAGAGAUCUUGAUGAGGCAUAUGCCUUCAGAGCCGGCACUAUCCAAGUGGACCAAGCUCAUGCCGUGCGCGAAAUUCUGCUGGCAGACGGGCGUGCACGGCCUCCUCCACGAGCUGAUCAAGAUCGCAGGCCGAGGCUUUGACUACCCCCAGGGCGCAGGUCCAGUGGGCAUCGGCGACGCAAGCGCCGACCCCGAUGUUGAGCUUACUUGGCAUCAGCUUGCAGGCUCUCGGUUGCGGAGAACAUUAGUCUUGACGUCUAGCUUCGAAUCUCGCUUCCACAUGCACCUCAUUUGCGUCGCAGUGCAACCCUGCCGGCUAUUGCAUCAACACUUUUUGAAGCUGGCGAACAGGCUGGUUGAGAUAUUCAAAAAGCUCCACUGGAAGCUCUUGUCAAUCGGUGAUCCGCAGCUUCCGGCAGACCGCAGAGACAGCGUGAUCUCGACUCUGAAGGAGCCCGAGCCAGAUGUCCAAGGGGCUGGGCAGGAGGUUAUACCACCGCAUGAUUUCGGCAUGCGGGACAUGAAUUUCUCGACGCUGGCUUUGCCGUCCACGGCCAGCCGCCGCCUACAGCGGUCCGUUGACUUCGAACCUUACGUGCCUGAAGAUACUCCUGUGCAUCCCGACGUGCUCAACAACUUCUACAAUGGCCUGCACCCAUUCGACAAGAAGAGAACAAUGACGGGCGCCCAACUGGAGUGGUGGAGGAAGUCAGAAAAGAUUGCUGGAGCGAGGCCACUUCCGAAACACGUGGACUAUGGCUGCGAGUGCGGCGAACUUUGUCGCACGAACACUGAGACGGGCAUUUUGCAGUAUCAGGGUAGGCUGAUAUCAGCUAUUUUGAAGUUGGGCAAGGACUUUGCUCCGUCUCGGAAGCUUGCGAAGGUGGCCCUUGCCGAUAUUGUGUCGGCUGCUGAAGUUUACCCCAUCGCAGCAGGAGCCGACCUUCCGACUCCCAAGGUUUAUUUUUACGCCAUGGUCUCAGGUCUCGGCAGGUUGAGUACCGACGACGAGCUGAUCAACUUCUUCGAGCUUCAAUGCGAAGGCCAUGACGCAAGUGCAGACCAGCCUCAGAGAGAGCUCGACCCCUUCGACCUCUAUCUGGCAGACAUGUUCGACGACGGCCCCCUCGGAGAGGAACGCCGCAGUAUGGUUCAGAUCUUGCUGGGCGCGAUGGCCGAGGCGGCCGCGCAGCCCGAGAAGCAGCCCGACGGAGCGCAGGUCCACCGCGAGUCGCCCGCGACGGCCGCGAAGCCCCUGUCGGGCCUGUCCGGCCCGCUGGGGCCCGAGCCGUCGCCGUCGCCAUGGGCGGGUUUGAGUUUGAGCGGCGCCUUGUCAGGCAAGGCUCAGGGCCCCAGCGGCGGCAGCAAGAAACAUAAGGCAUCGUCAUCUGCGGGCGCGACCACGGAGUCGCAGAGACAGGGCGUGCCUCCCCAGUCUUCAACGGAUGCCCACGAUCAGCUAUAUGGUGAUCGCGAGUGCAUUGAACAGCGCUUCCCCGACCGCUCGGGCCAGGAGCGGUAUGAGAUCUGCGAGAGGAGUUACGGGCAGGGUCGCGUCAGGGUCAACAUCUGGGGUCCAGGCGGCGAGCGCAUGCUGACUCGCCACCCCGUCAUUAACCCGCGCCAGGUGGAGACAGCGGUGGCCAAGUACGCUGCUGGGGUCCUCAAGCACGGGAUCCUGAGCACCUUCCGCGGCGCCCUGAUGGGCGUCAAAGCAAAGGAGACCGACUCGAACAAGAAGCCUGUCACCCUUGGGUCUUCCGGCGGCCCACCAGUGGUAUGGGUGAUCGCCGGCGGGUCGCUGACAGCUGCCAUCUACGUCGCCGAGAGGAUGGGCCCGGACAACAAGUUCAUUGUGCACCUCCGCACGAACGGUCUCGAGAUCUAUCUGUGGCACGAGGACACGCCGCAUGGCGUUCUUGCCUGGAUCAAGGACUCAGAGGGGAGAGGGUAG